AUGGGAUCCGGCCCCUCCUCCAACCCCUCCUGUCCCUCCUUCCCAGACGAGGAUCGCUUAUCCAAGAGGAAAAGCAUCGGGGAGACCAUUUCCCUGCAGGUGGAGGUGGAAUCCCGGAACAGCCCCGAGCGGGAACAGAGAGCUCCAGCCGAGGAAAUCACCUACGAGACGCUGAAGAAGGCGAUCGCGGACAGCGUGGCGGUGGAGGAGCAGGAGCGGGAGCGGCGGCGCCAGGUGGUGGAAAAAUUCCAGAAGGCGCCGUUCGAGGAAAUCGCCGCCCACUGCGGGGCCAGGGCGACGCUGCUGCAGAGCAAACUCAACCAGAUCUUCGAGAUCACCAUCCGGUCAGGAAUCCCGC